GUGAAUCACAGCUUCAGAGCGCCAAACAUCAGUUCAGAGGUCCCUGCUCGACCACCUGCUCAUUCACAGCCUGCCUUUAUUGCUUUAUUACUUAACUUUAGAUUUAAAAAACGAAAGUAAACUUCUGGGUCACAUUCGCACCUGAGAAACAAAGUUUGUGGGAAGGUCAAGUUUGCGUUGCGCACAUGGCUGCUCUGAUAAGCGCGUAUUCCUCCUGGCCGGAGAGUUUCGAGUGUUCUGCGGGAAAUGCGGACUUACCUGACGGGCACACGUCUCACAGAGCUCCCGCCGACAAGGUGUCGGAGCCGCGCAUCAGGAGACCCAUGAACGCGUUCAUGGUGUGGGCCAAAGAUGAGCGCAAGAGACUCGCGGUUCAGAACCCAGAUCUACACAAUGCGGAGCUGAGCAAGAUGCUGGGAAAGUCAUGGAAAGCUUUAACUCCGGUGCAGAAGAGACCAUACGUGGAUGAAGCGGAACGUCUGAGGGUGCAGCACAUGCAGGACUACCCCAAUUACAAAUACCGCCCUCGUAGAAAGAAGCAGCUCAAACGCAUCUGUAAACGUGUGGACCCUGGUUUAUUUCUGACCACCCUUGGUCCAGACCAGAAUUCUCUACCGGACCCCCGGGGUUGCUGUCACCCCCUUGACAAAGAUGAUGAGAGUGGUGUAAGUGGCGGAUUCAGUUCCCCUAAUGCAACUCUUCCGGGUGUGAGGGUCUUCAGAGACCCUACAAACUCCAACAGCAGCUUCGACACAUACCCGUACGGCUUGCCCACACCACCCGAGAUGUCACCUCUAGACGCAGUGGACCAUGAGCACCAAUCCUACUACUCAUCCCCUAGCUCUGUCUCCACCAGCUCCUGUUCAUCCUCCACCUCUUGCCCAGAAGACAGACGUCCCACCCCUGUCCACAUGAGCAGUCCACCUCCGUACCAUCAUGAGUACUCGCAACAGACGGCUCUACACUGUGGAAGCACACAUUUGGGCCACAUCUCGAUGUCUCAUCAGGGAAGUGGGGCGACACUCAUCCCUGCUCCUCCGCUUUCCUAUUACAGCCCAUCGUUCCCCCAAGUUCCGAUUCACAACGGGCAUCAGGGCCACCUGGGCCAGCUAUCGCCUCCUCCAGAACAGGGGCACCUGGAGAGUUUGGACCAACUGAGCCAGGCUGAAUUGCUAGGUGAGGUAGACCGAGAUGAGUUUGACCAGUAUCUAAAUUCAACAAGCUAUCACCCUGAGCACGGUGGGAUGACAGUCACAGGACACAUCCAGGUAACGCCGGCUUCCAUUUGCUCCAACAGCUCUACGGAAAACAGCCUCAUCUCUGUAUUGGCCGACGCCACGGCAGCCUAUUACAACAACUAUAGCAUUUCAUAAACAACAAAAUAAGGACAAUUAAUAGAAACUGUGCGAUGUUCGCGGGUCAGCGGUGAGACUGACAGGUAAACAAAAGGGGCGCUAUGAAGGGAGCGGAAGAGAGAAGCUACAGGAAGUCAAUGGACACCUCAGGGAUGCAUAGAUAAAAACUAAAGUUCAUUCCCAUCUUUGUUUCCAAAAGAAGAACGGAAGUAAAAAACGGACAGACCGAAAUGCUCUCAUAUAUUGCCACAGAAGUGAUGUACAUUUGCUAUAAAGCUUAUUUAUAUAUCGAAUCGCUUUGCAUUAAAGCUUAUUGUAUUGCUUUUUUUCAGUCCAGAUAUAUUCUUUUUUUCCAACCUCAAUUGUUUUACCUCAAAAAUUAUUUAAGUGAGGCUGGUCUUUUCCGUAUGUCCCUAAUAGGACGUGUUUUGAAGGAAUUGCCUUUUUUUUACGUUCAUUUCAAAAAUAUAUAUAUGUACUCCUAAACAGUUAAGAAAAUAAUAAUAAUGAACACUGUUGUAUGCCAAUAUAGGUUUGCCAUGUUAAUUUAAUUGAGUUUUAGCAUUCUCGAUUUUAAUAUUCUCAAAGAUGUCAAUAAGAGGCGAAUGAACAGCUAUUGUCAUCGAACCCCUUUCUAUUUGACUUAUCUUGAUGUUGAGUUGUCAGAUUUUAUGAUGAAUUGCAUUGUGUAUGCCCAUAUAAAAACAGCACAUUCUGUCUGUAGGUCUGGACGUUAGAAAAAACGUGUUGCAGAUGCUGUUGUUCAUUUUGUGAAAUAUUAAAAAUGAAUGUUUUGAGGUCUCUUCUGAACUAGACUUAAAUAAAAAUAUAAACACAAUAUAAAUACA